CGAUUUUUGUUGGUUUAAUUCGGAGUUUUCUCGUUAAAUAUGUUGAAUCGUUUGUAUUUCCGCUGCUUGAGCACAGCUGCAAAAGGGGCAGAAGAAAAAGCAACAAAAGUGAGCCUCAUAAAGCGAAUAAACUACGAGAAUAAAGCGCUCUACGGUGCGGUUAUCAGAACGAGGAAGAAAAAGGUUGUUGCAGCACCGCGAGCACCCCAAAAUGAAUCGGAGUUCUCAUCGGAGAUUUACUGGCAAAGUCGAAACGUUUCCCGAGUAACAGAAACACAAUUACCUCCGGCAACAAGACCGGCUAUCGCCCAACCAGAACCACCACAGGCCGGUUUGCCCACACCGUUCACGAGGCAUGAGCUGAAUUCUUUGACCAGGUUCCCGCUAGUGCCAUCACCAAGUGGUAUCCUAGAGGCCCGUUGGCCACUGCACGAGAAGCAUGAAAGUGCAGAAUACAAAGCGCCUUCGGUUAACCAAGUACUUACGGCCACAAUGCCGGAAGCUUCACGUCAGGCACUGCUCCGUUGGAAGGCAUCCAAAAUCGCCGAACUAGGAGAGGAGGGCUUCCAGCAAAUGCAAAAGGAAAUCUUCGAACGAGGCACUAACUUGCACUCCGUGCUGGAAAUGUGGCUGGCUGGCGAGGAUCCUCCAGCAGCAAUGAUCGAGCGUACGAGCUCGCUCUGGAAAAGUGUGGAAAGUGCUUUGGCAAAGGUACAACGACCAGCACAGAUCAUCGAGAAGAGACUGUACCACCCUUACCUGCACUAUAACGGUGUGGUCGAUUGCAUGACAUCGAUAGAGGGUAAAUACCAUGUGAUCGAAUGGAAAACAUCAGAUAAUCCAAAGAAAACGGUAGCAGCCACUUACGAUGCUCCGAUUCAGCUUUGUGCUUAUCUGGGAGCGUUGCAGGCCAGCAACGAGCUACGGGAGACGAAGGUAGAAAACGGAGCGAUAUUCGUUGCCUACACCAGCGGCAAACCAGCGAAUGUGCAUCUACUAAACUCGGCCAACAUGCGACGUUAUUGGAAUAUGUGGCUACUACGUCUGCAAGAAUAUUGGAUUCGUUACCGCGACGGUACCCUACCGGAGCCCAUUUAGUUGGUUGUAACGGUUCCAUUAAAAUAAAUUUCAGUUUCUUCGAAAAUGCGUCUUUUUCGAAAUGUAAA